UCACACACGCCCUCUUUCGGCUACACGGCCCGCACACAGCGGGCAAGGCACCACUCACUCCAUCCACGCGCAAGUGUGCAAUCAGGACUCACUCAGUCCUCCUACGAGUGUGGACGCGGAGCCGUGGAGUGAGGAAGCAGCAGCAGCAGCAGCACCGGGGCGACGACAGCCCGCUAUAAAAAGACAAGAAGGACGACCGAGGAGGUUCUUUUUUUUUUUUUUAUUAUUAUUAUGAUUAUUUUUUAAGGAUUCAAGCCGUCCAAGUUGUGAGACAAGCGCCGAAGAGUUGAGUUUUGCCAAAGCCGCGGUCGCCAAGGCGCCGUCGACAUGGAUAAAGUUGUCGGUUGGUGGUUCGCCGCCAUCACGCUUCUUCUGCUCUCUGCCCACGGAGAAGUUUUUAAAGGUGAUUGCAACUUUGCGAAGCCGUUGGCAGCUUGCGGCUACAGCCAAGGCAGAGACGACGACCUGGACUGGGAGCAGGUGAACACCAGAGAGAAGCCUUCGUUUGAUCCAUGGAUGCCCUCAGGUGCAGCCUUCAUGAUGGUCAACACCUCUGGACGCUUUUCCGGGCAGAAGGCCUUACUGGUGACCCCCCAGCUCCGGGAGAAUGACACCCAUUGCGUCAUCUUCCACUACUACAUUGGCGGCCGGGACAACAGCCACCCGGGCCACUUGAAUGUCUACAUCAAAGAGAACAACAGCCCCAUGGGAAUGCCUGUGUGGAAUGUGUCCGCCCCAGCGUCUCGCGCCUGGGGUCAGGUGGAGCUGGCCGUCAGCACCUACUGGCCGAACUUCUACCAGAUCGUGUUUGAAGCUGUAACCUCCGGGCAGCGCGGCAUGCUGGCCAUUAAAGAUGUCCUGGUCCAAGGCCACCAGUGCAUGAACACGCCACACUUUCUCACGAUAAAGGGAGUGGAGGUCAACGCUGGGCAGACUGCGUCUUUUCACUGCACUGUCAAUGGACGCAAGCGGGACAGUUUCCGCCUAUGGCUUCAGGGGAUUACAGGUGUCAGCUCACUGCCGUACACGCUUAACCCACAUAGACGCAGACUCUGUGGAGAGCGCCUUCUAUAUCUGGCACACAGCAGCCUGCGGUCGACCUUGAUCCAAGUGACAAAGGGAAUGGGUGGACGGGAGGCCCCAAUGAAGGCUACUAAACCUUGGAAUAACCGCCGCUUCAUUGGCACCUUCGACGUGGAGAACACCACCAAGGGCGACUCGGGCCGCUACCGAUGCAUCGUCCACUCAGACAAAGGGGUCGGCGUGUCUAACUACGGGGAGCUCACCAUCAAGCAGCCUCCAGUGCCCAUCGCGCCGCCCCAGCUGACCGCUGUGGGUGCCACUUACCUGUGGAUCCAGCUCAAUGCCAACUCUAUCAACGGAGACGGACCCAUCGUGGACCGGGAGGUGGAGUACCGUACGGUGUCAGGCACCAUGUACGACCUGCAGCCCGUUGACAAGACCAUGCACAAGAUUGGACAUUUGGACCCCGACACAGAGUAUGAGAUCAGCGUGCUGCUCACCAGGCCUCUGGAGGGUGGCACCGGUGCGCCUGGCCCACCGCUGAGGGCCCGAACUAGAUGUGCCGAGCCCAUGCACGGGCCACGCCGUCUGGAGGUGCUGGAUGUACAGUCCAAGCAGGUGACGGUGCGCUGGGAGCCGCUGGGCUACAACGUGACGCGCUGCCACAGCUACAACCUGACGGCGCAGUACCGCUCGCGGGUGGGCGGAAAGGACCAGACCCGCGAGGAGGUGUGCUACGAGGCGCAGGGCCGCGACCCGCAGCACACCAUCCACAACCUGACGCCCUACACCAACCUCAGUGUCAAGCUGGUGCUGCGCAACCUUGAGGGCGUCAAGGAAAGUGCCGAGCUGGAGGUGCAGACGGAUGAAGACGUGCCCGGCGCUGUCCCGCUGGAGUCCAUCCAGGGCAGCGCCUACGAGGAGAAGAUUGUGGUCACGUGGCGAGAGCCGGCGCAGACCUACGGCAUCAUCACGCAAUAUGAGAUCUCCUACAAGGCGGUGAGCUCCUUCGACCCCGAGCUGGACCUCUCCAACCAGAGCGGCAAAGUGGCCAAGGCAGGCAACGAGACCGCCCACGCGUUUGCGGGCCUCCACCCGGGAUCCACGUACUCCUUCACCCUGCGCGCCAGCACGGCCAAAGGCUACGGCCCCCCCGUGAUCACCCAGUUCACCACCAAGAUCUCAGCUCCGUCCAUGCCGGCGUACGACCAGGAGACAUCACUGAACCAGACGGACAGCACGGUGACGGUCCUGCUGAAGCCCGCCCAGAGCAGGGGCGCUCCAGUAAGCGCCUACCAGGUGGUGGUGGAGGAGGAGCGUCCGAGACGGGCGCGGGGCACGGCCGAGAUCCUGCGCUGCUACCCGGUGCCCAUCCAAUUCCAGAACGCUACCCAGCUCAACUCGCAGUACUACUUCGCCGCCCAGUUCUCCGCCGGUGGUAUCCACGCGCCGCAACCUUUCACCGUGGGCGACAACAAGACCUACAGUGGAUACUGGAAUGCACCGCUGCUGCCCCAGAAGAGCUACAGCGUCUACUACCAAGCUGUCAGCACCGCAAACGGGGAAACCAAGAUCGACUGUGUCCGAGUCGCCACCAAAGCCGCCAUCCUUGUGACUCAGCUCACAACACCGUACAUCCGCAUUGCCCCGGCGGCGGGUGACCACCAGCUGACAGGUGCUGCCACCCACAAACCCGACGCCGUGGAGCCAGAGAAGCAGACGGACCAUACGGUGAAGAUCGCCGGGGUCAUCGCCGGCAUCCUGCUCUUCGUCAUCAUCUUUCUCGGCGUGGUGCUCCUCAUGAAAAAAAGAAGAACCUAUCACUCCUACACUUACUACCUGAAACUGGCCAAGAAGCGCAAAGAGACGCUGAACAGCACCCGUCAGGAGAUGACCGUGAUGGUGAACUCAAUGGACAAGAGCUACACGGAGCAGGGCACCAACUGCGACGAGGCGCUCUCCUUCAUGGAUCCGCACAGCCACACCCUCAACGCGCGCAGCGAGUGUGCGCUCACCACCGUCAACACGCAUAGCGAGUGCGCGCUCACCCUUAACACGCGUAGCGAGUGCACACUCACCCUCAACGGCCGAGCCGGAUCAUCGCCCUCCUCCUUCACUCUGCCCAAAGCCAACACCCUCAGCACCUCCAUCCCGACAAGCGCCUUUUACCCAGACGCAUUUGUGCCGACCGCCAUCUUAGCAGACGAGAGUCAGAACAUGGGCAGCGACACCAGCAGCCUGGUGCAGUCGCACUCGCUGAGGAAACGCGAGGCAGUAGACGUGCCGUACCAGAGCGGCCAGCUGCACCCGGCCAUCCGCGUGGCCGACCUGCUGCAGCACAUCACGCAGAUGAAGUGCGCCGAGGGCUACGGCUUCAAGGAGGAGUACGAGUGGUGGUUGUGCACUUUUCUGUCAAAUGCUGCCUUCUUCCCAUUUCCUUACUCGCCAAAAUCUCUCUCCCGAAAACGUCUUCAAACUGGCCUUUCAACCACAGCGCCAAAGCCCAUGAAAAACUUUACCAGAUGUUUUAUAAGUCGUCACUGCAGGCAACAAACAUGCAGCUCCUUAGCAGAGCGUUUCUUCGAGGGACAGUCGGCGCCGUGGGACUCGGCCAAGAAGGACGAGAACCGCAUGAAGAACCGAUACGGGAACAUUAUUGCAUAUGAUCACUCGCGUGUCAGGCUGCAGGCCCUGGAGGGCGAACAGAGCUCCGAUUACAUUAAUGCAAAUUACGUUGAUGGUUACCACAGGCCAAAUCACUACAUCGCCACUCAAGGCCCCAUGCAGGAGACGGUGUUGGACUUUUGGCGGAUGGUGUGGCAGGAGAACACGGCGGCCAUCGUCAUGGUGACCAACUUAGUCGAAGUAGGCCGGGUUAAGUGUUGUAAAUACUGGCCAGACGACACGGAGAUCUACAGAGACAUCAAGGUGACGCUCAUCGAAACCGAACUCCUCUCCGAGUACGUCAUCCGGACCUUCGCCGUGGAGAAGCGAUGCGCUCACGAGAUCAGAGAGAUCCGUCAGUUCCAUUUCACGGGCUGGCCGGAUCACGGCGUGCCCUACCACUCCACGGGGCUGCUGGGCUUCAUCCGCCGCGUCAAGUCCAAGACCUUAAGCAACGCCGGGCCCAUGGUGGUGCACUGCAGCGCCGGCGCCGGCCGGACGGGCUGCUUCAUCGUCAUUGACAUCAUGCUGGACAUGGCGGAGCGCGAAGGCGUGGUGGACAUCUACAACUGUGUCCGGGAGCUUCGAUCGCGCCGCGUCAACAUGGUCCAGACCGAGGAGCAGUACGUCUUCAUCCACGACGCCAUCUUGGAGGCGUGCCUGUGCGGCGACACCACCAUCCCUGCCGGACAGUUCCGCUCAGUCUUCUACGACAUGAACCGACUCGACCCGCAGACUAACUCCAGCCCCAUCAAGGAGGAGUUCAGGACGCUGAACAUGGUGACACCCACGCUGAGGGUGGAGGACUGCAGCAUCGCGCUGCUUCCCAGGAACCAUGAGAAGAACCGCUGCAUGGACGUGCUGCCGCCCGACCGCUGCCUGCCCUUCCUCAUCACCAUCGAUGGCGAGAGCUCCAACUACAUCAACGCCGCCCUCAUGGACAGUUACAAGCAGCCGUCGGCGUUCAUCGUGACGCAGCAUCCCCUCCCCAACACAGUCAAGGACUUCUGGAGGCUGGUGCUGGACUACCACUGCACCUCCAUCGUUAUGCUCAACGACGUCGACCCUGCCCAGUUGUGCCCACAGUAUUGGCCUGAAAACGGCGUCCACCGUCACGGUCCCAUCCAGGUGGAGUUUGUGUCCGCCGACCUGGAAGAGGACAUCAUCAGCAGAAUAUUCCGCAUCUACAACGCAGCACGGCCCCAGGACGGCUACCGCAUGGUGCAGCAGUUCCAAUUCCUGGGCUGGCCAAUGUACCGAGACACGCCCAUGUCGAAGCGCUCCUUCCUCAAGCUCAUCCGCCAGGUGGAAAAGUGGCAGGACGAGUACGACGGCGGCGAGGGACGCACCGUGGUCCACUGUUUGAACGGCGGCGGGCGCAGCGGGACCUUCUGCGCCAUCAGCAUCGUGUGCGAGAUGCUGCAGCACCAGCGCGCCGUCGACGUCUUUCACGCUGUCAAGACGCUGAGGAACAACAAGCCUAACAUGGUGGACCUGCUGGAGCAGUACAAGUUCUGCUACGAAGUGGCUCUGGAAUACUUGAAUUCCGGCUAACUCCUAAAACCAAGCGAGAGACUCCAAAGACUUUGACGACGUGUCCGACGUGCCAAGUGUGUUGUUCGGUAGCGUGCCAACACACACACACACACAGUUCUGCUCCUCAAUACCCUCAACGACCUGCGCUUGUUGCCUUGAUCCCGACCGGACAACGAGCGCCACACAUUUAUGGAAUGGGAACGUGUUGUUCCGCGUGUACAUAAUGAAAUGGCUUGCUUUUCUUCUUCUUGUUUUUUUUCUUUUUUAAGCUCCGCUGGUGAUGAAUUCAUUAAAACGGCAAAAAAAUGUCUAAAAAAAAAAAUAAAAAGUGGCUGGAUGUUGCUGUGAUCGCGACCCGUGUACGUCUGCUUCUUUUCUUUGAGUGGGGGACCCAAAGUUACUCUCUUCGUGUGCAUAUUGUACAAAUUAAUGUAGAUUAUUUAUUAUUUCUCGACUUUUUUUGUGACUGGCAGUGAGUGACAAUCAUAUGUUUACAUAGUUUUUGGUUUAUGGACCAUAUCGUGUGUGUUUUCCUUUGGUCCUUCUGUAGGACGGCUUGUAAAGAGAAAAGCAAUUCUAUAAAUGUUAUACAAUAUGAA